AUGACGCGCAAACGACUGCUGAACAACAACAACACUACUGCCAGCAGUACUACCGCACCCGUAAAGAGGAGAAAACGAAGACGUCGAAGCGACGCCGCGACGGCCGUGUCUCGGGACAGUUGCAGCGACAACGACAACGACGACGACGACGAAGACGAGCGUCGAAGCACCGACGUCAACAACGCCAAGAGCUUAUACUGCGAAAACAACAACGAGCAGCAGCAGCACAACAGCAGUGGCAGCGGAGCGAUACAGGGUUUGGUGGAGUCGUCGACGAGCACGUCGAGCAUCGGCACGCGCAGCUCGUUCAACAUCGGAGCGACCCUCGACGCGCCCACCGGCGAGGACGAGGUCGAGUGGAAGGAGUGGCCCAGCCACGGCAUGCACGAGCGCCCGGUCUAUCAUCCGCAGUUCGGCCUGGCUACGGAGCACAACGGCCGCUAUUUCGUCAAUCGGCCGGACGACAAGGGCUACGACGAGGUGAAGAUCGACGACGUCGCGCAGCCGGUCCCCAAGUUCGUUCCGUCCUCGUGCGCCGCGUCUCGUCGACAAGUCGCUACCGCCGCUUCUGCGAAGUCAUCCGUAGCCCCGGUGGCCACGGUCACGGCCACGAUCGCGACGACCUCGAGGAGACAACGAGCCGCGGAUGGCACGGUUACAACGAGGCCGGUGCAGGCCAUCGCCUACGUCGCGCCUUCUCAGCAUCAACAACAGCAACAGCAACAGACGCCACAGUUGCUGCAGCAGCAGAAGAAGCAGCCGAUCGUCCUGUCGAGUUUGGACCGGUCCAAGGUCAUGGCUUAUCUGGCGCAUCGUGCCCAGCAGUUCGGCGAGGCGCAGCACCAACUGCUACAGAGCUACAAUCUGAGCCAGCAGCGCAAGCUCGAGCUGCUGCAGCAGCGGCUCAAUUCGCGGCCGCGACUGCUGCAGGUGCAGCUGAGCAAGAACAAGAACGUCGCGGCCGUGCUGCAGGCGGCUACCGCGGCCACUACUACUACGGCCAAGCAACAGCAAUCCACCACUGCUACCGUCGCGGCCGCUGCUACCGGAGCCAACACCGCCACCGCUGCUGCUGCUGCUGCUGUCGCCGGCAAAGCCAUCCCCGCCUCUGGUCGAAUAAUCACGCAGGAUAUGUUGCGCUCUUGGCGCGAAGCCAAUCAACAAAAGCUACAGCAUCAGCAUCAGACGCCUGGUAAAAUUUUACUGAUGCCGUCGAGGCCUCUUCAGCAGCAACAGCAGCAGCAAACGUCUACGAAUUCUAACGCAGCAAUUGGUGCGCCGCUUACGAUGCCGUUUUGCGGAGUACCCGCUCUCAAUGGCAAUGGAAAAGUAUUCUUCGUGCGAGCCCCGGACUUGGCGAAAAAGCUCAAAUCCAGCGAGAAGCCCUUCACCGUCACGUCGACCUCGUCGCCGCCCUCGUCGUCGUCCACACCCACGUCCAUGUCGCAUCAACACCACCACCAUCAUCAUCAUCACCAUCAGCAGCAGCAGCAGCAGCAUCCGCACAAUCAUCAUAAUCACCAUCAACAUCAUCCAAUGGCUACUACGACGACGAUGAAACGCGUGGCGAUGCCGUGGGUGCCAGACAUGAACUUGCUCGUACGCAAUAAUCCCGUAGCCGCUGUAGCCAAACAACAGCAGCAACAGACGUUUCGCACGAUCUCGCCGAGCGAAGCCACGAUUUUGAUGCCGAAAUCGUGCCACAAUACGAACGGCGUCGCCGUUAGUAAUAAUUUCGCCUACAGCCAGCCCUACUACGUGCUGGAUCUGUCGAAGAAAGAGUCGACGACGACGCCGACGCACAUUAUAGAAUAA